AUGACAACAAACAUUGGACCCGUCACAGAGCUUGUGCGGAUUCCCCUGGCGGUCUCCUUCGAGUCAUUCCUCACCACCUUCACCUCACAACUUGAGCCAGUGCUCCUCGAACAAGAUGGCAUUCUCUCAAUUUUGACCGGCAUGAUGGUUUCCACAGAUGAGCUGAGGGGGGCAUACGCAGUGUCCAUAACGCAAUGGGAGAGCAUGGAGGCACACGCCGCUUUUCUCGACAGUGCAGCAGCCAAGCCCUUUUUCGAGACGUUGGAGCCGCUGGCCGAAGGACCGCCGGCAAUUGAACACUACCACUUGGGACGUCUGACUAGUGCAGCGCUUCAGUCCCGUUUUGCGCAUGUAUCUCUAUUCGACUCGCGCGCCCGCCUAUCAUCUCAGCGUAAGGCGCUUGAGCGACAUAUUCAAUCACAAGAUGGCUUGAAGCGGACUGGGGUGUCAGGUAGCUGCAUAGAGGUGAAAGAGCAGAGUGCAUUGGUUCUGUUCAGUGAAGGAAAUGAUUUCGAGACAGCCGAGCUUGUCGAUGGCGUGGUGGUCUCAUUCGUGGUGCGUUUGGAACGGGCGCAGCAGAAAGCCAUGAACCCGAAAGGCACUUCCGCAAAUUUGUAG